ACUGGAAGUUCAAGUGAACUUUAGGUGAAUUGGAGUGAGAGUCAAAAAUGGGGGAGAUCGAAGAGGACAACGACGAUCAAUUCCUUUCCCUAAUCGAACAAGCGGAGGCAGAUGCCAUUGAUUCAGCUAGAAUCGCUAAGCGCCAGAAACUCUCGGGGACCGCUUCCGGCGAUGAGAGCUGCCCGCAAGACAACCAGGAGGAGGGCUCAUACAUGGCCGCUCUCCGAGGUAGCCGCAGUUCCCUUUGGAAACUUCAGCAGCAACACCUUAAUCUCCACAACAAAGGCGGCGGUGUUGCCUCCCUUAGUUCAGGCAGUAAUAGCACCGCCCCUUCUUCUACAAUGGUCGGCGGCUCAUGCUUCAAAUGCGGCAUGAUGGGGCAUUGGGCGAGAGAAUGUGGAGGGGGACAUGAUGGUUCUGUGGAUCGAACGGGUAGUUUGGUGGCGGAGAAGCAUUGUCCUUGCGGGUCUGGAACUUGCCUUAUUCUAACCUCGAAUACUGCCAAGAAUCCUGGGCGUAUGUUCUAUCGGUGUCCCCUCAAGGCGGAGAAUGGAGGCUGCAAUUUCUUUGAGUGGUGUGAUACUCCAAGUUCUGCGAUUACAUUAGACGGCCAAUCCAGUGCACAAGUUCCUGUACUUCUUUGUCCCUGUGGUGCUGGUUCAUGUCUAGUUCUUGUUUCAAAGAAUGGAAAGAACGAGGGCCAACAAUACUACAAAUGUCCUGCAAAUGGGGUAUUGGGAAGAGGUUCUUGUGGCUUCUUUAAAUGGUGCAAUGAGCAGGGCUCUGUUCCAAGACAAUCUUCCUUCUCCCAGCAGUUCCAGGGUAGUUCUAACAUUUCUAACUGUUGGUCGUCGGCUGAUAAAAGUAAUUCCUCUUGCUUCAAAUGCGGCCAAGAAGGUCACUGGGCUAAGGACUGCCAGAAUCAAUCAUCAAAUUCCUUCGUAAGUGAAGGUAAAAAUCAACUUUCUUCAGGCUCUUGCUUCAAAUGUGGCAAAGCUGGACACUGGGCAAGGGACUGCCCUGCCCAGAGUAAUGUUGCCACUGCCAGUGGUGCUAAAAGGUAUUUUGGUUCUUCUCAAAGCUCCUAAAGUCACAGAUGUAAGUAAGAAAUAACUAGUAGUUAUCUUAGAUCGAGAUUUAGUGGGGCUGACUUAGUUUGAACGUUUUUGCAAAUUUCUAGAAGUUUGUAGUCUUCUGCUGUAAAACCAUUACAGAGUUAUUUUGUGGUAAUAUUCUCGUAUAGUGUUCUGGAA